AUGGAGAAUAAUGAAAAUGAAGAUACUGAACAGGAAUGCAAAAGCGAUGAGGAAAGCGAUUCUUCGUCUUCGACAUACAGCAGUUCUGGCGCAUCUUCUCUUGUUUCUUCUACCCCUUCAUCAUCCUUAUCCAUUUCUGACUGCAGUGAUGACCCACCAUCGCGACCAGCGCUUGCAAAUGGUAAUCCUAACGAUACUCCUGGAACAGAGAGUUUGACACCACCCAUGGUGCAAAAUAACAGUGACGAGUUGGGAAAUACUACGAAUGCUACCACAUCCGAAUUGUCCCCUUUGACGAGUGGGUCACAACAGAGCACUAGUGCACAUUCAGUUCAACCGCCCGUGUCUGUACUUCAUCCCAAGGAACGGUUGAGUCAAUGGCUAGACGAAAAUCCUUCUUCUCCUCAUAUGCCAGAGGAGAACAUGACUGAUCCCUUACAGAGAAGGAUCAUAUUCUUUGACACUGAACCACCACAACUACGUGAAGAAAAGUCUAGCGUCCUCGAGGAUGUCGUUCAUGCACAUUUUCUCAGUCUUCCCCAUGUAUAA